AUGUAUUAUAAAUAAAAUAAAGAAUGUAGAUUAUGUUAAGGUUCUUUAUCAUAAUUCUAAAUUGAUAAUUUAAAGAAGAAGUAUGCAAUUCACAAAUACAAUAGGUAUUAUAAUGGCUUUCAUUUUUAUUUUGCCAAACCAAUAUCGGAAAUAUUAGGCAAUUUGCAAAUUGAUCAUGUCAUCUUAUUUAAGGAUUUGUUAUAUUUCAAUGAUGAUAAUGAAUAUUUAACAAAGUGUUACGAUUAAUUGGAGUAGAAAUAAAUAAUGCGCAAACUUUAAUUCAAGGUACUAUAGCGUAUAAUCAAUCAAUUGUGUCUCAGAUUCCAAUACCCAAUUUGUUAAUCGUGACAGCACAUCAAAUUCUUUAGAAGCGAAACAAUAAACUGCAAAAAUUACAAAAAUAACCUGUUAACAUCGUGGCAGCCACCAAUAAAUAUCGAAUAUUAUUCAAUACUACUUAAAAUAUUGAGUAUUUCUGUUAUUUUUAAUAGUUUAUCAUCUGAAAUAGAAGAAUAUGAAAAUAAAAUAAUAAGCUGGGAAACUUCAGAACAUAAUAUUUAUUCUAAUUGUAAUGUAUCUUCUAAAAAAAUGAAAUCAGUUACAACUAAAUAAAUGAACCAUCUUAAUACAUCCAAUUCUAUCCAUUAGUUAUAUUACUAAUAAAACGACAAGGAUAUUUUAAAGGUAAUAAAAGAUAUAAAUAAAUUUGCAAAUCAAUAAUUGAUGAAAUUAUCCCCAAAGAAACCUGUAAUUAACAAUAAAAUUAAUGAGAAUUAAUCUAAUAAUAAAAAUGUCACUAUACCCAAAUUGGUCAUUCCUUAAAUUCCUGAGAAUAAAAUGAAUUUUCAACAACUACUAAAUUAAUACGACUAAAUUAUGUCAUAGAGGAAUUGCUAAACUGAAAGAUAAUGGAAGGGGAAAAAAAAAGAAAAAAGUAAAGGGCAAUUAGAAAUUUAUUAAGUAUUGUAUUGAAAUUAUCUUCGAUUAGAGCAAGAAUAAGUAUUAAUAAUCUAUAUAUUCUGUACCGAGUUCAUCUAAUUUUCAAGGCAAGGGAAUCAGCACUUGUUCUGCUUCAAUUUUAUUGAAAUCAUUGUCAAAAAAAUCUAUGGACAAGUCUCCGAUCGCAUCAAGAAGAUUAGAAAUAAAGUAGAACCUUACUAAAUUGAUAAAAUAACAGGAAAGAGAUUUGGGAUUUUACACCUAAAGAUGA